AUGGAUAAAGAUACUGCAAUCCUGUGUCUGUAUGGACAAAUUCAUUUAUGUGUCCAGUCUCUGAUAGAGCAGAAGUUCGGCGAGGAAGCAUGGCUGAGAGUUCUGGCGAAAUCAGAAAUGGACGACACCCAUGACUUCAUGACGUUCCACAGAUACGAUGACGCACUCUCAGUCAAAUUGAUUGUUUCAGCAUCGGAAGAACUAGGUAUCCCUCUGACCACCGUGCUUGAAGUAUUCGGGGAGUUUUUCCUUGAGUACUGCUUGUCAAUUGGCUAUGAUAAAAUGUUGCUGACAUUGGGUGGCGACUUUGUGACAUUCAUGCAAAACCUCGACUCUUUCCACGCCUUACUGUCCAUGACAUACACGGAUCUGGACGCUCCCUCAUUUCGUGUUGACACCAACGACGAUGGCUCGUUCGAUCUACAUUACUACAGUCCUCGACAUGGAUUGUACCCGAUUGUGAGUGGUCUUCUUGGAGCUGUGGGGCGACGUCUUUUUGACACCGUGGUUACUGCCACCAUCGGUUUGGUGGAAUUGGAAAGAACGUCCGACACAUUAGAACAGCAGCAUGUUGUCUUCCACAUUACGCUCGAGCUGCCCGAUACAUUGAAAGCCAAGCUGGAUAAUGUAGUCGAGUAUUAUCCUGAAGAAUUCUUUAUGAACCCUGCCAAUUUCAGCAAAGCCUUUCCGUACCACAUCAUAUUUGAUUCGAACCUCGAAAUCAAACAGAUGGGUUCGACACUGCAGAAACUCUGCCCGAAGUUACUCACCAAAGGUCUCACCCUGGACAAGUCACUUGAAAUGGUUCAUCCUCAUAUGAACGUGACAUUUCCAAAUCUGCGCAGUUUCAUUAAUGCCAACUACAUCAUGCAGACCAAGCCUGGAUUCUACCAUAAUGAGAAUAUCAAUCUCGUAUUGAAAGGACAGAUGUUGUGGAUGGAUGACAUCCAGCACAUGAUUUACGUGUGUUCUCCCCGUCUGGCCAGUUUAACCGAGAUGGAGGAGAAGGGGGUCUUUUUAUCCGAUAUUCCCAUUUAUGACGUCACUCGGGAGUUGAUCUUACUCAACCAACAGCGUAUCGCUGAAAUCGAAAUCAGCAAAAAGCUCGAUGAAGUCACAGCCAAUUUGAAGGUAACUCACAAAAUGUUGGCCGUUGAGAAAAAGAAGACGGAUACACUUCUGUACCAGAUGCUGCCUAGGAAAGUUGCAGACGCUCUAAGAGACGGCCAUAAGGUCCCCGCUGAAAAAUUCAAGAUCGUCACUAUUUUGUUCAGCGACAUUGUGACUUUCACUAACAUUGCGGCUGCUUCUACCCCCAUGGGUAUUGUCAGCAUGCUGAACGCCCUCUACUCGCAGUUUGAUCACUUUACAGAGGUUCACGACGUGUACAAGGUGGAAACCAUCGGAGACGCCUACAUGGUUGUGUCAGGUGUCCCCGUACCCGACGAUUUGCAUGCUGUCAAAGUUGCCAACUUCGCCUUGGACAUGAUUGAAGCCGCUAAGACAAUCCCAUCCCCAGCGACGGGUCUACCACUGCAGAUUCGUGUUGGUCUCCACUCAGGGCCUGUUGUUGCUGGAGUCGUCGGAGAGAAGAUGCCCAGGUAUUGUUUGUUCGGAGAUACCGUCAACACAUCAUCCAGGAUGGAGAGUCACGGAACCCCUGGACGAAUCCACAUCAGUCCAUUCACAUACGAUGUCAUCAAGGGUGGCGGCUACAUGUUCAGGGACAGAGGUGAGGUUGACGUGAAAGGCAAGGGCCUCAUGCACACCUACUUCAUGCUUGGAAACAAGGAGAAGACCAUCCCAGAACCAAAGGACGACUGCAUGGAACUGCCUGUCAUGGAUGAGAUAGGGGGACGCCCAAUGCCAGACAGUUACGUCCAUGCUGAGUGCACGCCUAAGGGAGUGGGUGCACUCAGGGCCAAGGGAUUGAAGGUCGAUGACGAUGGAAACCCAAUAGCACCAGAGGAAGAUGAAAACAACAAUGCUGAAACAAACAAGACAACUGGGAAGAUGAAGGGCAGUGAAUGCUGUCGUGUUAUUUAAGUGGAAUCAGGUCAAGAGACAACAAAUAUUUUGAGCUUUUCAUAUCCCAACAUGUGAACUUUUUAUCAUAUCAUAUACAUUUUUGUUUUCAUUUAUGAUUAGUCUAUCAAAU